AUGAAUAUUACACAGAACCAAACCGGCUCCGAGUCUCCAAUCAAUGAGGCCCAGUGCGUGUACAUUCGCCAGGAGGAAUACGACAGUCUGCUCACAAUUGCCCAUCAAUAUGUUUGUCUGCGCCAAAGCCUCACUGAUCGAGGGGUUGAUGAUGCCACUCUGAAUUCUCUGUGUGUACCACCAGCUGAAAGUUCGCCGGCUUGUACCCAUGAUCAGCCUGACCCUUCGACUCCGACUUCUUUCGUGCUCAAUGCCAAUGCAUAUCCCUAUCAGAAGCGAUCAAGCGCAACCAUGGAACUCCGCAAUGAGAAGCAAGGGCUACACAAGAAAGAGAAUCGACAUUCUAAUAUCUCGGAUCGACCUUCCACCAAACCAGGUGCUCUACGUAUCUCGACAAGCGACCAAUCACCACUUGGUGAUCUUCAGAAAAACAGCAGACAAAGAGAGUCCAGCCGAUGGCUGGAUUGUUCCGCCCAGAGGUCAGUCCAACUCCUGAACUUGACUCCUGGAGUUACAUAUGGAGAUGUAUCUGCAGUUGUUCGAGGCGGCCCUCUUCUGGAGAUCUUCCUUCGAUCAAAGGAGAAUUCCGCGACAGUCUCUUUCGUUCAAGAAGCUGACGCCGUGGCCUUUCUCGAACACUCUCGGACGUAUGGUCUAUACAUCAAGGACCGUAAAAUCCACACCAGAUGGUCCGACCAUCAGUACGUCGUGAAGGGCCAAGUUGUCUAUCACGUCACCAGAGGCGCUUCUCGAAAUUUUGUCAUCCGCAAGCGGGAUCCCAAUCUCACUACACAGGGCAUUCGUGAUGAUCUCGAGCAUAUUCAUAACCUCCACGUGAUUGGUAUUGAAAUGGAUAAAGACAACUGUUUUGUCAGCACAAGUGCGAUUCACGCUGCCAUUUUUGCUCGAAACUGUCUACAGAGCCGGCUGGAAUACAAGAAUUCCCGUAUUGAAUGGGUCGCCGAUGAAUGUGCUCAACCACUGGAAAGUUUAUCAUAUCAGACUCCAGCGCCAGCUUUGGCUCCAGCCUCGACUUCAACCCCUGAGGCAAAGUCAGAGACGCUACCGUCACGCAAGAAUCUUAUGGGCAAUCGAUUUCGCGUACUGAAUCUUUCCGACACCGACGGAAGUAAUGGUGAUGAUUCUUCAGACGAUACACUCUAA